AUGACCCUGUCCCAAAUGGAAGAGAAUGGAGUUGAAUUACUCCUCAGCGACUUGGAGGACAAUGUGGUGGACAGUGGCAUGUCAAACACUCUGGAGACCACUCUGUGUGAUAAUUGCCGGACUUGUGUUCUUCCGUCCUCAGGAGUUCACACUCCCGAGUCGAACUUGCGAAGCAAGUCCGAACUUUGCUUACUUGGUAUUGAGAAACAGCUAGUCUCAGGCGUUAGUGUCACGCGUCUGUGCUGCGACAUACUCCUUCACACACGUAAAAAGUACACUAGUGUCUCCUUCAGCAGCUCCAGCCUUGGCCUCCUAUCCAGCUCCAGCUCUAUCCGUGGCCUCCUAUCCAGCUCCAGCUCCAGCUCUAGCCUUGGCCUCCUCUUCAGCUCCAGCUCCAGCUCCAGCCGUGGCCUCCUAUCCAGCUCCAGCCUUGGCCUCCUCUUCAGCUACAGCUACAGCUCCAGCCGUGGCCUCCUAUCCAGCUCCAGCUCCAGCUCCAGCCUUGGCCUCCUCUUCAGCUCCAGCUCCAGCUCCAGCCUUGGCCUCCUCUUCAGCUACAGCUCCAGCUCCAGCCGUGGCCUCCUCUUCAGCUCCAGCUCCAGCUCCAGCCGUGGCCUCCUAUCCAGCUCCAGCCUUGGCCUCCUCUUCGGCUCCAACUACAGCUCCAGCCGUGGCCGCCUCUUCAGCUCCAGCUCCAGCCUUGGCCUCCUCUCCAGAAGUUCCAGUGGCAUUUUCUUUACUCAGUCCAGACACAGAUAUUUAUAUCUCGGAUGA